UCACACACGGGCACGGGGACCCUGGCACAGCUGUGCACUCUCAGGCAAACUGUCACAGCCCUGCAGACACACACAGUGUGUACCACUGUCCCAACUCUCACUCCCACAUGAAGGUCAGGCUGCCAUGGGGUUGGACAUACAUGCACAUACCCACACAGAGCUGUACAUACAUGCACACACCCCUGCAUGACACACACACAGCUCUCUAAGUGCUUGUACUGGUAAUCCGACUGUGCACACACCCAGGGGUCCGUGCCUGCCCUUGCAGGGACCAACACAGCCCCCCAGGCAAGAGGCACUGUGCUGGGUCCAUCCAGGCACCCAGGGAUGCUGCAAGGAUCCACCUUGAAGCAGUCAGGUGCCUGGUGGCAUCACCCCCAUGCAGCAAACCAGAACUGGGAAUUUGAGGUAUUCAACACCUGCUGGUUUUACAGCACCUUGUGUCUCAAGCCACAAAUCCAUCUUGCUCUGCUGCCUCCAUCCUACAGCACCUGAGGCUGGGGAUGUACGAAGGGAGCAGAGUAGACAAGUUAGACAAGUUAUGGCAGGUAGGAAGGAAGUUGGAGGUUUUUGCAGCUACGGGUAACUCAACGUCAUGGAAAGCAGGAAGGGGAGUGAAGGGUGAGGGGCUGGAAGGAACCACGCUUCCCGUCCCUGCCCAGGGGAAACAGGAGGUCAGGGGCACGUGAAGAGCUUCUGGGGUCAGUCCCCAGCAGUGCCAGGCAGAGAGGGGCCACCAUGGGUGCAGUGCCUCUGUCCCUGAUGUGGGCUUGCUCCCUGCCUUCCCGUGGCUGGUGAAGGAGCCCAGCAGCCUUGCACCACCGAUGGAAAAGCGGCUGUGUGUACAAUCAUGAGAAAAGGGCUGAGACCAAAGCCAUGGAGGCACACACACGUGCCCAGAGUUGGAGCCCUCUGUCAUGCUGUGGCUGGUCUGAAUCCAUGUUUGCUCUACCCAUUUGGUUACUCAUGUACAACCAAAAAUGUGGUUUUGCCCUGCCAAGGAACCCCAGAUUUUGGUAUUGAGUAGGGUGUGCUUACCUAGCACACAGCAGCCAACUUCCACCACUCCAGUCUCACAUCCUUCCUUAGAGAGUAGCACAGAGCAGCAUGAGAAAAGCCAGUCACCAAGCCUUGGACCAGCCUGUGGUAGGAGUGUGGCGGCCUGUUUUCUCACCAGGGUUGAACAGGCAGAUUCUGUGUGUAGGUUUCCCUGCAGGCCUGAGCCCCAGGGGACAGAAGACAGUGCCAAAAAGCCAGCGUGUGAGCCUAGCAGAUUCAUGCCAGUCUGGUUUUCCAUGUGCUGUGCAAGCUGGUGGCCUUCACAUAACAGUUUGAGAGACUGCAAAGUUGUGUUUGCAGUGACCUGGGGCACCGGGGAACCACAGAGGUACCGCAGAGGUCUUCACUAUCUAGAAGUGACAGUGCCUGUAUGGAAUCAGCUCACGCAGAUGUCUGUUCCAACACCUCCUGCAUUUUUCUUUCCAGAUUCAUGGCCCUAACGAUGGACUCCCCGAGCACCCCCUUUCCUGCCAGCCAGCUCCCAGAGCACAGACUCAGCAACUCCUGCUCUGAGAUCCGAGACGAGUUCCUCUCUGUGACGCUCCCUGUGAUGUACUCCCUCAUCUUCAUCAUCGGGCUGCUCAGCAAUGCCCUGGCGCUCUGGGUGUUCUUGUGUGGCGCGCAGCGCAGGACCUCCAUCACCGUCUACCUGAGGAACCUGGCGCUCUCCGACCUGCUGCUCUCCCUCUGCCUGCCCUUCCGCAUCGCCUUUCACGGCAAGAGCGAGCCUCUGAUCUUCUGCAACAUCAUCGGGGCCUUCUUCUACCUCAACAUGUACGUCAGCAUCACAUUCCUCAGCCUGAUCAGCCUCGACCGCUACCUGAAGAUCAUCUGGCCCCUGCAGAAAUUUAGGAUUCACACUGUGUUGUGUAGCAAUGUGGUCUCUGGGGUGGUUUGGUUCGUGCACACACUGUUCAUGCUGCCUUUCUUUUUUGAGACGAGAGGAAAGGGGCCCUGUGACCACAAAUGCUUCCACUUCAGGAGCAAAAGCACCACAGCAGCAGCUUUUAACAUGGUUGCAGUAGCCACUUUCUUCAUCCUGCUGCUGCUUUUCCUCUACUUCUAUAGUGAGAUAUUUGCCAAGCUCCACAGAGUGUCUUCAGUGAAAGCUCAGCAGCUGAACAAGAAGACCAGCACGAGAGCCAUCUCCAAGACCUUCAUAGUCCUGAUCAUCUUCAUUGUAUGCUUCACCCCCUAUCACGUUGUCCGCAUUCCUUACAUCCUUGCACAAGUGGGGAUCAUUUCUAGUCUGCCCUGGAAGCAGAGUCUCCAUCUGGCUAAUGAGCUUGUGCUCUGCAUCUCAGCCCUCAACAGCUGCCUUGACCCAGUCAUCUUCUUCCUCUUGUCCAGCAGUUUCCGGAGGGCCGUGCUCUGCACCAUCCAGGGCAGGCUGAAGAGAGCUCUCCUAAGGCAGCAGGGUGGGCUGAGCCACAGCAGGUCUGUGACAGAGAUAUAGGCUUUCCAGUGGGGCCAAGGUCUCAGGCGGGGCACCUUCUCAUCGAGGAUUUGCUCUGACUGGUGAUAUUUACUGGACAAGACUUGCUGAGAAGAUGGAGAAAGAAACUGGAACUGCUUCACGUUUCUUCCACUCCUAUCACUGGGGCUAGAGCUUCCUUGGGAGGCAGAAGUGAAAAGGAUAACUGGGACCUUACUUUUUUCUGCACUAGCUCAGCUGACGUAACUGAAGAAGGUCUUUCCCAGGAAGAAUGAAGGCUGGAAGUGUCCAAGGAGAUACAGCCUUGGCCAAGGUCUCCAGCCAGCCUGGGGAAGGGCAAGUACAGAGCCCAGGACUGAGACGGGCUCCUUCGAUGGGAGGAAGAGGAGCAGCAGGAGGAAUAGGAAUGAGAAUCCACUGUGAAUGUUUUCUAAGUACCACAUUGUCUCCACACCAGAGAAAGCAGGAAAAGGGAAAGGGAGAUGAGGAGCACAGAAGCAUUGGGAAAAGAAGAGGGAGACACCCAUCAGAGCAUUACCUGGGGAGCGGGUGAAUAUUUUGCUCCAUGAUGGAGCCCAGAAAUGGGCACCAUGGGCCUUGGAGGUCAGGCACACCAGGGCACAUUGCCAACUUAUAACCCCAAACCAGGAGAAUGACAGCUUUUCCUCUCCUGUUACUGCAGUCUUUGUUACGCCAGGGCAGCCUCACGUUUCUGGGUAUUCAGACAGCUCCAGGCUUUCUUUAGCACUUCUCCUUUGCUCAUUUCUCUGGCACGUUC